AUGUACAGAUCCGCGAGCUGGAACCGUGUAGCCGAGGAUUACUCAGUGCCUUGGUCCGCACCAAAAGGAUUAUGGAAGGGCCUAGACGAAGACGAGCCGGCUCCAUACAAUCCCAUCGGACAAGAGGUGACCAAGAAAGAGAAGUCACGUACCAAGUUUGCUGAGAACGCCGUUCACAUAAUCCCUUUUGUCCUUCUUGCUUGUGCUCUCGUCCUUUGGCUCUUUUCCCAUCCAGGUGUGGAUGUUGGGGUGAAAGGGGAAUCAAUUGCGGCUAAGAUCGAAGGAGACAUUGAUAAUGACAGCGACGGAACUCAGACCGGAUUCUUAGGCUCCGCCACAGAGGUUGGAGGUUCAUACAAGACUAGACUAAAACGCGACAUCAAUAGGCGUCAUUAG